CACGUAUGGUAGAAGUACGUUUUUGAAUUAUCGGUGACUUAAUUAUGAAUAUAAUAUCUCACUUAUAUGUUUAAUUUUACUUUCAUGUAUUGUUCUUCUGGAACCUGCUGCGAGCCAUAAAACCGCUUUGCAAGUAUAUACGCCAUCGAUUUCCUCUGAAAUGGCAUUGAGUAUUUUGUCUUCCAUCCGGUGGCAUCUCCAGCCUCUAAAAAUGAAACUUUUAUUUUUAUAAAAUUCAUAACUUAUAAGUGAGUUUGUGUUGCAAGAUAUCAAAUUAAAACAAACUUAGUGGAAGACAAUGAUUUUAGGGAAAAUCUCCUGUUAAAAAACUCGUCACAAUACUUAUCAAUACGAGAAGCACAUCGGAAGUCCGUAAAAGAUGGUUAUUUCUGCUAGAUACUUACUACAGGAUGUUAUAUUUAGCGAUGAAAAACGUGAUGGAAACACUAGGCAUGGAAAACAGUACCAUAGAUUUUCUUGAAAGAAAUUCUACUAAUAAUAAUACAACCGAAUACUAUAUUAACGAACAUCUAAAAAAUGCUCGAAAUAUUCUUCCAAUAUUUACUGUGAUAAUCACAAUGAUUGCUAUUGGAGCGGAUGUUUCUUGGAAUCAGAUUUAUACAGGGAUUAGGAAACCUAUUGGACCUGCCAUUGGACUCUUUUGUCAAUUUAUUAUAAUGCCAUUAAUUGGAUUUCUUUAUAAUAUUAUAUUUCAAUUUGAAUCAAGUGUUGCGGCUGGUUUGCUUAUUAUAUCCUGUUGUCCCGGAGGAACAGUUUCCAAUAUGUUUACAUAUUAUUUGGAUGGUGACGUCUCACUUAGCGUGACUAUGACUACAAUAUCUAUCGUGGCGUCUCUUGGCAUGAUGCCUUUGAAUCUUUGGAUGUAUGCAAGGAAUACAGGAGCUAAGAACUUAAUAAUACCUUAUGGCAAUAUUGCAUUAUCGUUAUUAAUGAUUGUUUCCCCCAUAACAGUGGGCAUGAUCAUAAAAUGGAAAGCUCCUAAGAUAGCUUCUUAUAUCACUAAGUGGGUAAAUGCUAUAGCAUCGUGGAAAAUUUUUGUAACUUCCGCAUUUUUACCAGCAACUGGAAUAAUAAUUGGAUAUGCUAUAGCAUUCAUUUGUAAAAGGACCAAAUCAGCUUGUACCGCUAUCGGUAUCGAAAGCGGAAUUCAAAAUUAUGCUGUGGCAUAUGGUAUUAUUCUGUUAUCCUUCGAUAUCAACAAAGAUGCUUCGAUUUUCAUAUUUCCAAUGUUUCAUGCAAUCUCUCAAUGUUUAAUCUGUUUUACUCUAUGUGUAAUUUACCAUUUUGUCAAGAAGAAUUGGAAAACUUCACAAUAUCAAAUUAAAAGAAACUUAGUGGAAGACAAUGAUUUUAGGGAAAAUCUCCUGUUAAAAAACUCGUCACAAUACUUAUCAAUACGAGAAGCACAUCGGAAGUCCGUAAAAGAUGGUCAUUUCUGCUAG